AUGGAGGACACUUUGGAGAUGAGCGGACAGCCACCAAGCCAUUAUGGAGUUUGCCAUAAAGUAGCAACACUGUAUCAUCCCCAAACAAAUGGGCAAGCUGAAGUCUCAAAUAGAGAACUAAAGCGAAUCCUAGAGAAGACAGUAUGCACCUCUAGAAAGGACUGGGUUAGAAAGCUUGAUGAUGCUCUAUGGGCAUACAGAACAGCUUUCAAAACACCCAUUGGAACUUCACAAUAUCAGCUGUUAUAUGGGAAAUCAUAUCAUUUGCCAGUGGAACUAGAACACAAAGCAUAUUGGGCUACUAGAAUCCUUAACCUUGAUGCUAAAGUAGCAGGAGAGAAAUGA